AUGGCUGAAUCAGAAUCUCAGGAAGGAAACUAUGAUAACAGGGGAAACAAGGUACAGAACUCCAAAACGGACAUGGAGGAACUUCUGGAGAAAAUGGAAGAACUAACAGUGCAUGCAGCCUGGAUGGCCUACGACUACGUACCUAUCCAGACCAACGCAGACCUGCACAACGCCAUGCAGCACUUGGAAGAUGUCUUCUUGAUGUGCAAAGAGCAGAUGGAGAAGAAAUGGCAAGAGGUGCUACUGGAAUCUAGAGGUGAUGGGCAAAAAAAGGAGUAA